AUGCUCUGCCCAAUCCCUGGCUUGUGGAUUAGUGGCAUUCAACCUGGGACGCGUGUGCCCAAGGCCGCCUUCUUCAAGAUCAACAGGACUCUGGUUGAGAAGCAGCUUCUUCGCAGGGCAAGCGUGGCAAGCUAUGAGUUUUUGGAGUCUCAUUUGCACUGGUGUAGCUUUUACGAUGAUUACGACAAGCGGAUGGCAUCAUAUUGCAAGAUGUUUGUCGAGGAAUUUGGCGAGGAGAAGCUGCAGCAACUGUUUUGGGAACAGAGGCAGAUCAACCACACCCAGCUCUGCUUCGAGGAGUGCCAGACAUCUGCAAGUGGAACUGGUGUCCAAAGCCAAAGCCCAAGAAGCCGACGGCCAAGCCAGCGGAGCCCAUAG